AGAGAGAGAGAGAGAGGAAAAAACAUUUGAAAAGAGAUGCCACAGAGGGACAUCACUUUCACGUAGUGAAACCACCCUCUAACGUUUCAGACAUCAAAAGGUGAGAAGAAGAACAAAUGCUCAGAGGUCAGGAAUAGAGACACUUUAAUGCAGUGACCAGUCUGCGGCUACACAUAAGAACCAAAACAGCAUAGAACGGCUUUACUUACCUACAUUCUGCACUGGAGAGACCACUGACCUUCCAUCCAGAAGAAAGGGCUGAGUUCUUCAAAUUAAAGGCAUUUGUCUCUGGAUCCCUAGAUCUAGAUUUCGCUUACAUCAUGGGUCUCAGCAGGAAUUACUUUUGGAUUACAUGUUCAUCCAGCACAUGUGUUUUAUUGGCCCUUUCCCUGCUCUUCUGGGGGCCCUUCUGUGCACAGAGUAGCCCUAUCGGCUCCCCAGAGAGGCUCCGCACCGCUCCAGGGCUGGAUGACGGACAUGGAGGGGUUCUGGAUCCUUCACUUCUGGAGCAGGACAGUGAUGUAGACAUGCAGAGCUUGCUGGAGACCCUGAAGGGACAAUUUCUGCGCACAUUUAACCUGACACGUCCUGGCCCCCCUGUGCAUCCAGGGGCCACUCGAAUAGAGCCCCCUGAGUACAUGCUGGAGCUAUACAACCGCUACGCCAAUGACCGAACAGCAAUGCCUUCUGCAAACAUUGUACGCAGCUUUAAAAAUGAAGACGCUUCCCCAUACAAUGUGGGACCUAGUGGGGUGAGACGACACCCACUUAUCUUCAAUGUGUCUAUCCCAAAUCACGAGAGAGUCACCGCAGCUGAGCUCCGACUGUACACUUUGGUCCAGACUGACCGCAACAAAUACACUGGUGUUGACAGAAAAGUGACCAUAUAUGAGGUCAAACAGAUUGAAACGAACAGCAGUCAGCAAAUAGGUGUGGACAAUGUUGAUGGAGGAAAUCAAACGAAGCAAGAGGAAGAAACAGAACUAGUGGAGUUGGCAUCUAGACAGGUUUACGGUACAGAUAGCGGGUGGGAAUCCUUUGACAUGACCGCUGCGGUGCACCUUUGGAGGAAAUCAGACUAUGGCACCACCCACAAACUGGAGGUCCACAUAGCCAGUUUGAACUCUCAGAGUUUGACAGCAACUGAAGGUAAGGAGGAUGGCACCGCCAGAGGAGGGAACAUGGACAUUGACACCAGCCCCGAGGACAAACACAAACCCUUAAUGAUCGUCUUCUCUGAUGACCAGAGCAUAGACCACCGUGGAGACCAACGAGAGCUCAAUGAGCUGAUCCAGCACGAGACCACUGGGCCUGGUGUUCAAGACAACCUUGACCUAGAACUGACUGGUAUCUGGGACAACCUGGGAGUUAUGGGACGAAAAGAUGGGAAUGAGGAAGAGGAGCAGAACGAGGAGGCUCUCCUACAGAUGCGUUCCAACCUCAUCUAUGACACGGCAUCUAGAAUCCGACGCAAUGCCAAAGGCAACCAGUGUAAAAAGACCUCUCUCUAUGUGGACUUCAAAGACAUCGGCUGGGACAGCUGGAUCCUAGCGCCCUCCGGUUAUGAAGCCUUCGAGUGUACGGGGACGUGCAUGUACCCUUUGACCAAACACGUUACACCUACUAAACAUGCCAUUGUGCAAACUUUGGUCAGUCUGAAAAGUCCACAAAGAGUAUCCAGGGCUUGUUGCGUUCCCACUGAACUGGAUCCCAUCUCCUUGCUCUACCUAGAUGAUGCAGGUGUGGUGACAUAUCAGUAUAAAUAUGAAGGUAUGGUGGUAGCGAAGUGUGGAUGCAGAUAGUAUUUAAUGGACAUGGAGAAGUGGGGUGAAUCUGGGCCACAAGCUUAGAGUUUGGAUUGGAAAGAGACUAAAAGGCAGUCAUUGUCUACGACUAACAUUCCAAGUUUCUUCCAAAUGGCAGUGGAUGAGCUCUUACUCCCAACCUUAACAGCGUUAGCAGGAGUCAUGUAAUCAGUUGUGGAAUCAGCCAAUUCUGGAGCCACGUGACGAGGGGCCACAAUGCAGCAUUUAGUGGGAACGGUGACCAUUUCAUCCCUGCUGAACAAGGAUUGGGUGGAACAUAAGACAAUAAUUGAACCACUGACACGCCUCAAGAUCAGCCGGGAUAUCUUAUCAGUAAAGACUGAAGUUUAAGUCAGAGAUUGUAUCAACUCCAACUCGUUACAUACUUGGCCAUAUCGUUUGCGUCAGCAGAGUCCUCGCUAAGUGGGUGUUUCGUAAAGAUGGCAGCGAACUCAAGCACCACAGGGUCAGUCCAGUGACAUUACAGAGACAAGAAGCCUGUGAAACGGCCUGUUCCCAGUUUCCACAAAGCUCAGUAUCGUAUCUGUCGUGACUCUGCCAAGUCAAUAUGCAGCUUCCUGCCUAACAGAAUGCAUUUGAUAUGAACUGUCCAAGUUGAAGUAAAGUGUUUAUCAGAAAAGUCUUGUAAACGAGGGGUAAGACAGACCAGAAUGGACCAGGCUGGACUUUCGAAUGUGCCUGAGAACAACUCUUUCUCUGGAUAUCCGCAGUCUUACGACAAUGGGUUUCAUUCAUUAACCAGUCAUAUACAAGUUUGUGUGUGAAAUCUGCAUACUGUUUUUUUAAGGACAAAUCAUUAUUCAGCUUUGCAUUUUGUGAUUAAAUUCUUGGUGAUUUAAUGAAAACAUUGGGAACAACUAAAACAACACACCAGCAUUGAUACAAUUUUAAUUUAAAAUUUAUUUUAAUAGGUUCCAUCAUAUAGAGUAAAAAGUAAGAAAAGUACAUUAAGUUUCAAGGUUUUUCUUAACAACAACAACAAAAAAACAUCUGUACUUAUGUACAGCUGACUAAUGAGAGGUUUGUAAUCUGGGUCUAUACAAAGGUGUCUAUUAUAUUUGAACUGGAUUUGAGUUUUUAAUGGACAGGUUGUGCAAAAGCUGUUGAUGGUUUGGCCAUGUUCUGUGUAAAUUAGUAUAAAAAUUAGAUGGAGUACAAGAAGAAUGUCAUGUGCAUAUGUACGUGUUAUGCAACGGCAUUCUCCUGUGUGUAUAAAAAACAAUCCAUGCAAUUAUUAAUGAAUAAAACCCAUUAUUUCAGUGCAAAACCUAAGCAAUAAACAGAUGAUCAUAAAAGAGAGCCAUCAGAAAAGGACAGUAUGAACUUCUGAAAUGUCUCAAAGCAAUUAAGCUGUUUUGAUAUAUAGCAUUUUCUUGGGCCGAUUAUCUUUUCUACAGUAACAUUUCUUCCUACUGAAACCUUGUCCGCAUUUGACCAUGGAAUUCAUUCACUAAUCAGCAUGUCACUGCAGAGUUGUGAGAAUGGGACAGUUGACAAAGGAUGCAUGCUGUAGAUCUUAGUCUGUAUUAGCGACAGACGGCAUCAACAAGGGGGAUACUGGGGGCUCAACCCCACCCGCUCCACAUGCCGUGCGAGCUGCGCUUCCACCCCGAAGCACAGCUUUGAUAAGAAGGUGUCAGGACUGAAAAACAUGUGUGUGUGGACCAAAGACAAUUCCAAGCUGAUUCCUGGGAAUGAGAAGCCAGUUGGCAGUUGUAUAUCAUAUCUACUUUUUGACCCCAGUUUACCCUAAAGCGAAGACACAUCAUUUACUCCCCAUUGCUCUUCUCCUGCAGUCUUCCAUCAUUCUUCUUCUCCUUUUGGACCCUUAUCGCCAUUAGGGCAGGAGGAUGAAUGGAAACUGUUUUGCAAGGUCAUGCCACCCACAGAUAUCCUUCACAAGACUUUUCAGCCUGAUAAUAUCUUCCAGGAUUAUUCCCAUGCCUGAUGAAUACUUUGCAUUACUGACUUUGAUAUUAACUUUACUCUUGUUGAAGUACAAAUUGUGUUCUGCUGCUUUGAAUAAUUAUAAAGCUUAUUUAUUGAUUAA